AUGAAGCUGCUAUCCUACGGUUGUCUCAUUAGUCUUGUUACUUCGGCUACAAGUGGAGUCGUAUCUGGACAAGAGCUACAUGAAGAUUUCACUGCCAUCAACUCAAGCUCCAAAGUCUCGAUUGCGGCCGCAGAUCCCCAACUUGCUGUCGACACACCGCCACCCCCAGACCAUGACUCCAUAUGGCACAAGGCUUAUUGUCGCGGCGCCGCCCUUGUCCGAGCCAUGUCCCUCGACGAAGAAGAAAGCAACACGAUGCUGCAAUGGCCUUACACACAAAGUCCUUGGGACGGCGAUCUAAAGCCUGAACUGAGAAAAUGGGGCUGGCUCGACAACGAAGAGGACAACACGAACAUCGACGAUUCGUGUGACUUCGAUGAGAAGUUGAAGAUGAAGAACACUUUCGACGCUCUCGGUGUUGACACGCGACCGGCGGGGAAGGGUGGACCGAAUCAUUGCUUCAGAUUACAGCAUAGCAAUGGGCCUACGGUCAUUCGAGACAAAAAUGGCAAGAUGCCUUAUUUGUCCAGUCAGCGUUACGAGGCAGAUGGGAAGACGUACAGGGUCACCGACGCCUACAGCACCGUAGGCAUAAACCGCAACGACGGUAUUCUCUACUUCCUCAACCGAAUGUCACCUGAGCAAGGAGCCGCAGAUCUCUGGAAUUUGAGACCGGAACAAGUCGAUAAAGCCGAUUUGCCCAAGAUCCGCUCGAGCUCUGACUUAGCUUGGGCGCUCUGGAACAGGGUUCCAGGAGAACCAAUGAUCAAAAUGAUCAUGGCUCUCCAGAUUGUUAAUACGCAAACGGCUGAGACGAUCAUACCGAAGGCUUUGGAGGCGGUGGGAGAAACAGAGCUGAAGAGAUGGCCGGGAACGGAGAUUGUUGUUGGGUCAGAUAAUGACGCUGAGGCUGAAGCUGCUCUUGCGCUUAUUGGCUCGCCCAAUGGACUCGGCGCUGGCUACUUUCUUCUACAACACAAAAGGCAGCUCGGUGGCGCAAAUUUCAUCUACAAGAUCACGAUAUUUAGAAACGAUGGCGAUGAGUUUGAUGAUGAGCCUAAUCUCAUUUUUCACGUUGACAAGAAUACAACACCGAUGCCGGAUGUGGAAGACACUCCUGGUGCGCCGGAGAAACCGGCGGAGAAGGGUAGCGCGGCGGUUCGAGAGGCACCGCGAGUCGAAAAGAUGAAGUUCACGCAGAUCUUCUGCAUCGUGGGUCUUGUUGCCCUCGGCGCGACUGAGGCCCUGCGCAAUCUUACCAACGUCACUUCCGUCACUUUCGGAUCUCAGAACCUCACUGUGCACGUAGCAGGCGACCCCGACGAUAGCGACGAUGACGACGAUGACGACGACGAUAGUGACGACAGCGACGAUAGCGAUACUGACGACGAUGACGUACGGCUUGGGACUCCAGUUCCUGCUACUGAAGCACUUUGGCAUGCAUCGAAAUGUCGGGGCGCCAAACUCAUGUUUGCGUGUACCCAGGACCCACCGCAAGCCGCCCGGUUUGUCAAUCCCUUGACAGUUCCCUGGGAUGGCGACCUCAGGAACGAACUUCUCACUUGGGGUUACAAGGAAGGAACUAGUGAUCCUGAUGACGACUGCGAGAUCGGCGUUCUCCAGCCAAUGCUAGACGCCCUGGGACUUUCCAAAGUAAACAAUCUUCACGGCGGGCCAAACUACUGUUUCUCUUACGAACAUCGUGACAGCGCUGUCGUGGAAAGAGUAAAUGGAAUCUUGCCACCCAAGGACAAACAGUGGUAUAUUGUCGAUGGUGUGAGGUACAGGGUCACGGACGCUUAUUCCACCGUCGUCAUCAAUCAAGCUGCUGGUAUAAUUUUCUUCCUUCGCAGAGGGUCCGCUGAGCAUCAAGCCCGCAGACUCUGGAAGGUAAAGGAUCAGGUUCCCAUUCCACCAAAUGAGUUGCCGGCUCUACGUACGAGCUCAGACGUAGCCUGGGGAUUCUGGAACCGAGUAAGUGGUGAAAACCUGGGGAAUAUCAAUGGCGUCGUCUCCAUGUUGAUCACCAACGACCAAACGCGGAGAGUUAUCGAUAGGGUAUUGGUGGACAAGCAUCUCGAAACGGUACAGCUAUGGCCAGGAACUGUGGUUGACGUCCACUCCGUACAUUAUCUGGCUCUUCUGGGAUCACCCAAUGGUAGAGCUGUAGGAUAUCUGCUGGCGCAACACAAGGCAAAGAUUGGCGGCAAUAGAUAUGUUGAGUCUAUUCACAUAUUCCGCCCCUACGAGUACUCGACACUGCCUCACCUUUUCUUCCGCGUCAAUUGGGCGCCAUCUCCGCCGCCAACAAGCCUCGCCGCGAGUGAGGCUCUACUACCCUCCGUCAACGAGACGUCACUUGAUCUCUCUAGCCUGGUCACUGAAGACGGCCAUAGCCUACUCAAAAGAGCACCCAUCGCGCCAGCAAAUGACAACCUCUGGGUGACUGCCGGUUGCCGAGGCCAGAAGCUCCAGCUAAUGGACACGCUCAAUCCACAGGAAGCGCAGCAGUUCGGUAGUCCGCUGAACAGCCCAUGGACUGGAACACUCGUCAACGAGCUUGCGCUGUGGGGCUACCUAGACAACAGCGAAAACAGGGACAUCAAAGACGAAUGCGACUUCACCAUGAAGCCAAUGUUCGAAACGGCGCUGAAGGCUCUUGGAAUCAGCGCGAGGAGCGCUCCGGAUGGCGGACCGAACAAAUGUUUCUCCUACGUCCACAGAGACAGUGCCGCCGUUCAGCGGUUGCCAAACGGCCAGCUGCCAGCCAGAAACCAACAGCAGUACGUCGUCAACGGCAGAACCUACAGAAUCACAGGCGCAUUUCACACCAUUGGUAUCAACGCGCAAGACGGUGUCAUCCACAUGAUCAAUCGCCGGUCAGCCCAAUCCGCGGCCAAACAAUUAUGGAACGUCGCCCAAGCUCCAAAAGACCAGCUACCCGCUCUAGCUUCGAGUUCAGACAUUGCCUGGGGUCUAUGGGAAAGGAUGAGCGCCGGUAACCUCGCCAACAUCAACUACAUCUUCUCCCACCGGAUCACCAACGAAGAGACACGCGCCAUCAUCGCGCGCGCUUUGGAAGGCCGGGAAGUACGACCUUGGCCGGGAGAGGUAUUCGAAGCUGGAAUGGCUACGGAAUACUGGGCUUUGUUGGGAUCGCCGAACGGCAUCGCGGCAGGCUACCUGCUCGGACAACAUAAACCCCAGUUUGGUCACAACAGAUACGUUUCGGCUAUACAUGUCUUCCAGGGCGCACCGGGAAGCCCUUUCAUGGGUGUACCGGCGUUGCCGUAUAUGUGCUUCGUUGUUAAGCCGGCGCCGUACCCGCCGCCGCCUCCUCCGCAGGAGAUUCAGAUGCGAGAUGUUGCGCUGGAUGAGCCUAUUGCUAUCGAUGAGGACGAGGACCGAGUGGUAGCGCGGUCUGAAGACGGGAAGAGCAUUGUGAGGAGUCAUAAAGUGUUUGCAAAGUCGUGA